GUGGAUCACCUGACGGCGAUAGCGGAGAAGUACCGGGCGACGGUGGAGGAGAACUACCGCCUCUACAACGAGGUGCAAGACCUCAAGGGCAACAUCCGUGUCUUCUGCCGUGUGCAGCCGGGGUAUUGUAUCCUGCCAACAGGUUGCAGCGAGGUCGGCGAGGAGGGUGAGCUGGCGGUGUACAAUCCGCGGGGCGGCCCUCGCAAGCUGUACAAAUUCGACAAGGUCUUUGGCUGCGACAGCACGCAGGAGGAGGUCUACGAGGACACCAAGGCCCUCAUUCGCUCUGUCCUCGACGGGUACAACGUGUGCAUAUUCGCGUACGGUCAGACGGGCAGCGGCAAGACGCACACGAUGGCGGGCAGCGACGUUGAGGGCUGCGACGGCCGCGGCAUCAACUUCCGCGCCCUCGACGACCUCUUCUCCAUCAACGAGCAGCGCCGCGGCGAGGCGGAGUACAGCGUGCGCGUGCAGCUGCUGGAGAUAUACAACGAGCAGCUGCGCGACCUGCUGGACACCAGCCGCUCCGGCAAGCGCCUGGACAUCCGCAACACCGAGCGCUCCGGCCUCAACGUCCCAGACGCCAUCCAGGUGGAUGUGGGGAGUCGAGAAGAAGUGUUGGAGGUGAUGGAGAUCGGCGCGCGCAACCGGGCGGUGGCCGAGACCAAGAUGAACGAGCGCAGCAGCCGCUCCCACUCCGUGCUCACCGUCAUCGUGGACGGCGUCUCCCACGUCACCGGCCAGCGCUCCCACGGCUGCCUCCACCUCAUCGACCUUGCCGGCAGCGAGCGGGUGGGCAAGAGCGAGGCGACAGGGGAGCGGCUGGAGGAGGCGAAGCACAUCAACCGCAGCCUAAGUGCAUUGGGAGAUGUGAUGGCGGCUCUGGCAGCGCGCGACGCGAAGCACGUGCCCUUCCGCAACUCCAAGCUGACGCAGCUGCUGCAGGAUUCCCUCUGCGGCCAGGCCAAGGCCAUGAUGUUCAUCCACAUCGCGCCCGAGGCACGCACCUUAAAACGAAAUCAUAGGCCAUUUGCAGAGUCGAGCUACGGGGAGAGCGUGAGCACGCUGGGAUUCGGGUCCCGCGUGAGCGAGAUAAGCCUUGGGGCUGCCAAGAAAAACGUGGAGUCGGGCGCCAUCUUUGAGGCCAAGGAGGCCGCCCGCCGCCAGGAACGCGAGGCCGAGCGCGCCACCCGCGAGGUGACUCACCGCUGA